CCUCGGUUGCAUUAAGAAGCAAAACCACUCGACCGAUCGCCGGUCGAACUCGCGGACGCAGUCAAGCAACCAUGUGUAGGGUCGCCAUCACGAUCCCGUCGCUCGUCUGCCUGCGCCGCGCCGUGCGGCGGUGGCGGUCCCGCACCGCCGCGUCCUCGCGCUCCGGCAAGAAUGGAGACGCCACGGUGCCGGCGGGGCACGUGGCGGUGUGCGUGGGGGGCACCGGCGGCGGCGAAGGCUCGACGGGGCCGAGGCGGUUCGUGGUGCGGCUGGCGCACCUCACCCACCCGGCGUUCCUGGAGCUGCUGCGGAAGGCGGAGGAGGAGUACGGCUUCCCGGCCGCGCCCGGCCCCAUCGCGCUCCCCUGCGACGAGGACCACUUCCUCGACGUCCUCCACCGCGUGUCCUCGGCCUCGCCGGCCUCCUCGUGCUGCUGCGGCCCGGCCGUCACGCGGCGCGGGCGCGGCGACGCGAGGCCGCUGCUGCAGGGGAUGGCCGUCGAGAAGCCCGUCUGGUGAUCCACCGUCCAUCGGCGACCUGGUGAUUCGUUUGAACUGUGCAAGACUGCGAGCACACGCAUAAACAAGCAAGUUGGCAGCGGCAGCGGCAGCUAGCGCGCGGGAGAAAGACGAAAGCGACUCGCCCGGCUGGCGCUGCCGAGAAGACCGUGCGCGGGCGGACAGGCCGCAACAAGCGCUGGGGCAUCGGUGUAGAGGGGGCGUCCUCUCCUCCCGUGCUCUGCGUAAAGGCGAUGGCCGUGAGCCCGUGAGGGCAAACGGGGAAGGCAGCACGGACAUUGCAAACAGCAGCAGUGUUGUAUGGAUUGUUUAGGAGCUACUACAUGAGUAGGAAUUGGUUCAAGAGAGUAAUUUUUUUUGGUAUUCUUCUCUCUGUAAUAAAUCUGUCGAUUGGGAGUUUAAAAAAAACACCGAUCGAUUGCGCAACUCUUUGCAGGGCAUAAAAAAAUGUUU